AUGAUAAGCAGAGAGGACGUAAGAGGUGAAAGAGACAGAAGAAAAAAAAGAGCAGAUGCAGAGAAGUUAAGAGAAGCAAAUGACAGGAACAGCAUCAAGGAAAAUAUCUUAUUUAAGUUUGAUAAUUACACCAGGAAAACAGACAAAAACAUAGCACUACUGCAUAAUAUUACAUUUGAAGUUCCAAAGAAAAGGCUUAUUGCACUGAUAGGAAUGAGUGGGGAAGGAAAGUCUACUCUGUUUGAGAGUAUUUCUGGUCAGUGUAAUAGAUCGCAUAAGACAUUCGGGACUGUUUUGGUGCAAACAAAAGAAGGAAUUUUUGUAGAAAGAAAUGCUGAGGAGUGGGUGAAAAGAGUAAAUUACCACAGGCAAGAAGUGACACAGUACAAGAAAAUACCAGUAUAUGCACUCUUGCAGUCUGUAGCCAAGUGCUAUGGUAAGGACAUGGAGAUGGUCGAUAAAUUACUUGUGCACUUUAGGAUUGCAAAGACAAAGCACACAAUGUUUGCGAUGUUAUCCGGAGGGGAACAGAAGAGGGUCAUGACAAUUAUUGGAAUUAUAAGCGAGAGAGAGUUAAACCUGUGGGAUGAACCACUUACAGGCCUAGAUUCAGAAAUAGCCAAGAAAACCCUUAGGUUCAUGAAGGAAAGUGAAACAACAAAUAUUGUAAGUAUCCAUCAGCCAUCAGAUGAGUUAAUGAAUAUGUUUGAUUGGGUUAUAUUUAUGCAUGCUUCAACUGUCAUAUACGCUGGACCAUAUAUUCAAAUGGAAACAUACUUCAGGGAAAGACGUAUAGUUAACAGAGAAGACACCAUGAUCAUAAAUUACUUAAUGAGACUGAGUGCAGAUAAUCCAGACAACCAGACAGAUAUAAAUAAUAUUGAGUCACUGAAUAGUAUUACGAAGGAAAUAAUUAAAAGACCCAGGGGAGUACGUAGAUCUGGAAAUCUCUUCAUAUCAAAUUCAUUUGGUUUUAGUUACACACGGGUUAAAGAGAUUCUAUCACGUUCUUUAUAUUUUGACAAUGGCUUCAAAGGGUCUUCAUUGGUUUACGAGAUGAUAUACUAUCUAUUCAGUAUAUUUGUCUUUAUAAUGGGGGUUAUGGUUGUAGAUAGGCUAAUUCUAUCACAAAAUGAAGGGUUUUUAAAAAGAAGUAUUUUUGAUCCAAUUUAUAGUCUACUGGAUAUUCUAAAUAUAAUGAAAGAGAGAGGGAGUCUGCCUGAGUACUACAUGGAAAUAUUGCAGGAAUGCAUUUCUACUUCUGCCAGUGUAAAGUGGCUCUUUGGGGCAGUCUCAUUCUUCCAGACAGAAAGAUCCAUUAUGUUCAUUAGUAUGGCAAGUUUAUUCAGUAAUAUAACGAACUUAGACUACUUCAGGCUCUGUCAGAUAAACAUAGCAGAAGGACAGUUCUCAGUGCUUGAGUUCAUUUUCGCACAUAUAAUUGAAAUAGUCUUCCGUAAAGUCACAAUUGCCUUUGUGAUUUGCGUCAUCUACUACUCAAUUGCAUACAAAACCAUCGUAGGAGAAGAUAUUCAGCACAUAAUAACCCCAAACUACUCAGAUAUUGGGCUGGUAUCCAUGGUAACUUCUGUUAUUAUGGGGAUAUACAUACUAAGCAUACAGUGCCUGCCUAUUUCCUCUAAGUUACAUAUAUAUGUUGCCUUUGGUCUUCUUCUUCUUACACAGACAAUUAUCAGGCAGCUUGACUCCCUGGAAAUAUUUGUUGAUACAAACACAGCCAGCCUGCUGAAUGGCCUGCUUAAAGGGAAUAUAAGCCUGGAGAACAUGAAAAUACCAGAGCCCCCAGAGCACCAUCCAUUUUAUGACACAAAAAUAUACAUGAUCCAGAAGAACCAAUUCCUGGAUAAAUUAGCAGAAACCAUGGGCACAGAAAGCACAGAGAAUAUAAAGUAUCAUAUACUGACUGUAUUAUCUAAUGCACUUAAGACUCUGUAUAAAAUGGGACCAUUUGGUGUCCCAGAAGAAAUUCUUACAAAACUAAGAAUCUACAGAGAGGAGAUUUACAGUGUACAGAAUGCAAAUAAACUAUCCUUGCGCAUAGCAGGAGACCUUCAGCAAAUGGAAGAUAAUCUUCCAAAGAAGGAGUACAUGGAUUAUAUCUAUAAGACAAAGUACAUUGAAAGAAUGAGCCGGCCAUUUAGUAUCCAUGAAAUGUUUGAGCCCACCAAGGAAAUAGAUACAGUAGGAAAACAGGACAUUGCAAGGUCAAUUUCACGGGUAUUUUUAUUACCCAUGAUAUUCCUGACAUUUGCAUUAUUCCUUAGAUACAGGCAGUUACAGCCAAAAAUAAGAAGUUAA